CAGUUGAUAAAAUCUCCUUAGUCAGUCAUCAUUCACAUUUACAUAUCCACGUUGUCAUGGAUACGAGUGUAAUUUCUAAAUUUGUGGAUCCCACCAAAAUUUGGGAGUGGAUUGAAAAUUUUGUGCAUCAGCUUCCCUCAAAUAAGGGAUACGUCCUUCUUGGUGGAAUUGGGGUGUGGACAUUGUACAAAUUUAUAAGUAAUCCAGUUCGGUUUAUUUCUAUAAUAAGGACGAUUCCGAGAGAUUUCUGCGCACUUCCAACUUUAAUCUUAUUGAAGAGAAAUCUGAGACAUUUCCAGAAUGGAAACUACACAAUAUUUCGAGUAUUUGAAGAAAUUGUGAAAAAGAAUCGGAACAAAAUUAUUUUCCAAUUUAAUGAUUUUAAAAUGACGGGAAAGGAGGUGCAAGAAUUAAGUUAUCGUGUGGCGAAUUAUUUUGCAUCGCUUGGCUACAAGAAAGGUGAUCGAGUGGGAAUAUUUAUGACAAAUUGUGCCGAAUAUGCUCCGAUUUGGCUGGGCCUCAGUCGGAUUGGCGUCAUUGGCGCCCUGAUAAACACGAACCUUCGCCAAACCCCGUUGAAACAUUGUAUCGAAUCUGUCAACUGCAAAGCGGUCAUAUUUACGCUGGAUCUUGUUGAUGCUAUGAAUGAAUUACUGGCCGAAUGUGGAGGUCAGUUGGAGGGCGAGCCAACCCUUUACACGUUCCUCGAGGGGGGCACAUCCAUCCCCAUGACGUUCUACGACUCCUUCAAAAGCCUGAACGAAAUAUUGGUCGACGUUGAUACCAUUUGCCCACUCGUAAAGGAAGCGAUAGGAUUCGGUGAUGUGGCCAUGUUCAUUUUCACCUCAGGGACGACAGGACUUCCAAAAGCUGCUUCGAUUAAGCAUUCGCGGUUCUUAAUGCUGGCCGCGACUGUUGUGCAUAUCGCGGGAAUAAAGAAUUCGGACAUCGUUUACACGCCACUCCCUCUGUAUCACGGAUCUGGAACGGUACUCGGCUCGGGCCCGGCGCUCCUCUACGGGGCAUGCCAAGUAAUCCGGAAGAAGUUUUCUGCCUCCAAUUUUUGGUCGGAUUGCAUCAAAUAUAACGCCACGGUUUCUCAAUACAUUGGGGAAACGUGUCGCUACCUGUUGGGCCAACCGGUAUCCAAACAAGAUAAGCAACAUAAGGUUCGAGUAAUGUAUGGAAACGGUUUAAGGGGAGAGAUUUGGGCAGAUUUCGUGUCAAGGUUCGGAGUCAAGAUCUCCGAGUUUUACGGGGCGACGGAAGGAAACUGUAAUAUGGUGAAUUUGGACGGUCGUGUCGGUGCGAUUGGAUUCGUCCCGCUCUGGGGGCCUAAUGUUCUUCCCAUACGACUAAUAAAAGUGGACGAAGAAACCGGCGAGCCGAUUCGGGAUCCCAAGACGGGAUUUGUCGUCCGAUGUGGGCUCAACCACCCGGGUGAAAUUGUGGGACGGAUUAUUAAGAAGGAUCCCAUAACAGAUUUUCAAGGAUAUGCUGAUAAGACGUCGACGAGUGGGAAAAUUAUGGUGGACGCGUUUCGCAAAGGAGACUCGUGGUUUAGAUCGGGCGACGUUUUGGUUCAAGAUAAUCUCGGAUAUUUCUACUUCCAGGACAGAAAAGGGGAUACUUUUAGAUGGAAAGGUGAGAAUUGUUCCACGGCUGAGGUGGAGUCGAUCAUCAGCACGAUAAGCGGUCUCAAGGGGACGGUCGUGUUUGGCGUGGAAAUUCCUGGCGCGAAUGGGCGUGCCGGCAUGGCGGUCAUGUCCGACCCAGAAAACACGCUGGACAUGAAAGAACUGGCGAACGGUGUGAUUAAAGGGCUCCCCGCGUACGCGAGACCAGUUUUUGUCCGCGUCCUUUCCACCGAAUUGGUCCUCACAGGGACAUACAAACUGAAGAAGAACGAAUACCAGAAGGAAGCCUUCAACAUAAACCUGGUCCCAGAUCCCGUCUACUUCUUCAAUGGGAAGAAAUAUGUCCGAAUGGAUCAGGAAAUCUAUGAGGAUAUAAUGUCGAGCAAAAUUAGAGUGUAAAAGCAAUACAAAUUUUUAAUAAAAAAUACAUGUAAACUAUGUACUGUAUAAUUCAUGAUGAAAUAUUUAUAUUUCUUAUAGAAUAUGUAUUUCUUUUAAAAAUUGUACAUGGGACAUGCAUGACUUAAUUGUAUCAAGAUAUGACUGCGCUUUAAUCCUUUUAUCGUAGAGUGGAGUAUAAAGGAAGACGGAAUUUACUUACUUGUACAGAGUUGGUUAUAGGAAAGCUAGACAUAGUUUGAGGUAAAUUGAUACAAAAUUUAACUUAAAGCAAUCCCAUGUUUAAAAAAAAUUGGAAAGUCAGGAGCGUUCAAACGCCGUCCUGGAUUAUUCAAUUUUUUAUGCUUUAAAAAACAUUUUUUUUAUUAAAAAAAUUCAAUCAAUUUUUA